AUGUCUGCCUCACGGUACCCGGACAGUGGCCGAUAUCAACGCGACAGAUCUCCGCCCUACCGAGAUCGCAGACCGUCCGCCUUUGGAGGCGGCGGCGGAUACCCUCCGAGAGGUAAUGAGACCUUUCGUCCCAACUCGGAGCCAGGCGGCUUUCCGCGAGAAAUCCCCAAAGGCCCAAAAUCCCUGGGAGAUGCGCCACGUGGUCCCCCAGUCGGGACACCGUCGGGUGCAUCACCCGCGCCCCGUGACGAACGAGGUCGAGGCUUCGCUGGACGCGGCGAAGCAACACCACUGCGAACGGCGCCUCCGCUAAGCAGUGGACCUGGUUUCUCUCACAACUCGCAAAAUUCUUGGAGGGCUGACCGCGACCGCGACCGCGACUUUGAUCGACGCGAGAGGCGGCCCACUCCGCCACGGAGGUCGCCCAUCCGAGACUCCAGGGAUCUGCGCGAUCAGAGAGACUUUGUACCGCGGGAUCUGGAUGUCAACCGCGCACGGCGCAAUUCACGGGACGGCCCUCCUUCCGCAGGUUCCACGUAUUCUGACCCCCCUCCUCUUGGCACUGCCUCGUCGUAUCGCGGCGGAGGCAUUGGCCGAGGGCGAGGCGGCUUCGCGGGACGUGGUAGGAAUUUCCACAGUGAUGACCGAGACCGGCAUCACGAUCCACGUGACCGAAUACCAGAACGUACAUCCUAUCGACCCCGAAGCCGGACCCCUCCUAGACGCCAGGAAAGGGACAUUCGAGAAGAGCGUGACUUUGACAGAAGAGACCGUGACGACCGACGUUUCCCCAGAGAGUAUGAUUCUUACAUUGGCCCUGCAGGUACUGCGAAACCUGGUCUGCGAGCACUCGACACGCACCGUGGACCAGGUCCCUCCGACCUGAGACACCUCCCCGGUACACCGACAGGACCCCCUCCUCAUUCCUCUCAUCAUGCAUCUCCACCCGACAGACUGGGCUCACAAGGUGAUUCGUAUCCAAGACGGCCUUCUCUAGCAAUUGAUCCACUCUCUGCCAAGGACGGUCGCCGGGAGCCAGGCAAAGACGAGGCCUUGUUAGCUAGCCGUGCAGAGGCAUCGAGGGAGAGAUAUGCCCCGCGAGCAUCGUCACCUCCGGCUUCAAUCCCAGCCUUUGGUGGAUCCAACGUCUGGAGGGCGCCCGUUACUGACAGCAAGCCGAAUGCUGCUCCAGCGGCACCGCCAAAACCUGCUCAGCCCUCCCCAGUAUCCUCGACCACGCCGACCGCGCCUUCUGCUCCCUCAGCUCCUGCUGCUUCAUCGGCACAAACCGCCCCGGCUACCCCGGUUGCUCCAACCGCUCCCACAACACCAGCAAAAACGCCUACAGUUCCUACUGCCCCCAAGGCCGCUAUACCACCUGGCCUUGCGAUCCUUCCUCCUACUGGGCCUAAAGCUGAUCGCGCGCCGGAUCGUCCUCCGCCUGGAGAUGCACCAAACCCGGAGAGCAGGCUUGGUCCUCCUCCGCCUCCGCCUCAACGGAUGGAACCACCCGCCAUUCCGCCUGCUUCUACUCCAUCGCAACCAACCGAUGCGGCCAACUCGGACAGCAUCGCUGUCAAAGGCCCCACGACACCGCAAUUGUCUGCGCCUCCAAAGGGCCCCUCUAAUGUACCGUCUGCUCCUCCAACAGCUCCAACCGCACCAUCGACCACGGCAAAAUCUCCACCCCAAGGCCCAGCUCCAAGGCCGCGUGCUCCGCCAACAGCUCCUCAAGCUGCCCUGCGAGCCAACGUAUCGCCUUCCUUCUCGAGAGCCACUCUGCCGCCAUAUUCCCCUCGGGAUGCGUCUCCAAAUGCAGCUCCUUCCACGUUUGGACCACGCGUUGGUAGUGGAAGCGGACCUGCCGUGAGCACUUCGCCCAAGAGUCUACCAGCGAACAUCCCGACUGGGCCAAAAGCUGAUAGGACACCAAUGGCUCCUCGCCCACCUCCACCAUACAACCAGCCCGAUAGGCCUGGGUUUCCCCUGGCCAGGGGCCCUUUGAGUGGAGGCCCGAAAAGCAUGCAAUGGGUGCGGCCCGGUUUCACGUCGAGCCGGCCUUCCAUUCCAACCAAGCGCGAGUUUCCUACCGACGACCGCGAACGACCAUUUGGAAAUGCACCCAAAGCCCCGAGACUGGAAAACAGUGUGUCAGCGACACAACCCCAACGGACAUCGCAGGCAAAAUCAGUCUCACCCUCGUUUUCAAGGUCGGCUGACCCCGAACGGCCUAGAGAACGAGCCUUGUCUGCUGAAAGACCAGUCAUGCCUUCGCCUAAGCCCACCUCGAUCGAGACUCGACGCCAUUCUGACGUUGUCAUGGCAGAGGCGUCACCUAGAAUGGCCAAGCCACCCAUGUCUGCUGCAUCAUCUGCGCCUGAAGCUCUGCAAGACUCUGAUGAUGAUUUGGAUUUGGACGAAGACGACUUUGCGGAAUCGGAAGCGAAAUACAACCGAGAGAGGGCUCGUCUGGAGGCCAAACGUGUGGAUUUGAAUGUUCCACAUCUGCGCGCCAUCACGCCUUUGCAAGAAAUUGCACUGCUCUCUUGUUUGACUGUCGAUCAUCUCCCACAAGCACAGCCGGAGUUGGUCUCUGCUGAAGAGAUGAGCACACCAUUGCCUCAAGAAGAUGCAAUUCCGCCUUCCGUCAAAGCAGCUCCUGAGGUUCCGGCAGUUCCCCAACAGCCGCCAGAGAGUAUUACAGCAGACCUGCCGACGCCUCGAGCCGAAGAGUCCGAAGAUGUCGAAAUGGAAGACAAGGAAGAGCUUGAGGAAAGAUCGACUGCACCCGCUACAAUGGCACUUCGCCUUCGCCGCGAGACUUCUAUUGAACACGAUACUCCUCCUGACCUGAGUGCAUUGCCUUAUCUUGGUUCCGGUCCCCCAACACCGUUGUCUGAUAUUGGGCAAGAUCAUGCUUCCCUACCAGACUCGGUUAUGGACGCCAUCCGAACCAAAUUGCGCAAGAGUAUCGAGCCAGAAACAAACAUAGAACAGACUCUUCGACGAUACGCCGAGGUGUACAAAGAGUGGCGGUUACACAUUCGACCGUGGGAUGAGGAACGCGAACAGGAUGAACAAGACAGGCAGCCAUCGGCAGAGCCAUUGCUCAAGGCUGUUACACCCGAUGCACAGAGUGCUGCGAUGACAGGGAUACUUGACGGAUCGUUGGCGCCCACAGGCCGCAGAAGUCACGCGAGUCGAUGGGCUACUGAGCUGGACCUCGAGGCUGUUAUCAAGGAGUCUCUAAAGACUGCCGAGGAGGAGAAACUCGGAAAGAGAGACAAGGAACCGAGAAAGGCCAUGGCUGACCCUGAGAAGGAAGCAGAUCUACCCUUGGAACUAACCGAGGCUGAGGCCCAACGGCGAAGAUUUAUCGACUACAACUUUCAGCGCGAACCCGGUCAGGGAAUCUUUGUGUUCCACUACGAACCACCAGAGGACGAUUUUACACCGGAAGAGCAUCGAGUUAUGGUCCACAACUACAAGGAUCAGUAUGCCAAGAAAUGGGGCAAGCUGGCUGAGGUCUUGUACAAGGAGGUUGGAACCGAGCGGACCUACAAGGACUGCAUCAACCAUUACUACGCGACCAAGUGGGGCAAAGAGUACAAGGGCAAAUUGCGGAAGCCCCGGGUCUCCCGGAAACGGGGUGGUGGUGUUGGCCGUGGCCGUGGAGCCAUUGCUAACAUGGAGCGAACUGAAGUGCAAGGAGAGGACGGACAGCCUCUGCCAGUCACGGAAACUGGAAGACCUAGGCGCUCGGCAGCACCAACAUUUGGUCCUACGGAGACGGAGGUUGACCCAAUUAGCGGAAAUGCUACCCCAAGUCGAUCGCGGAAGCAGACAGACACCGACGGCUCACAAGAGAAAGCUGGACGGCGAGGUAAGCCCCCAAAGGACAAGCUUGGCCGCAAGCCGAAGAACAUGCCACUCGUCGCAGCCCCUACAGGCUCACCUGUCAAGGUGGAUCGCAAAGAAAAGGCUUUUGGCGUCAAGGUGGAAGACGAUGCAAACAAGCGACCUUUGGGUGAGGUGCCCAUGCCCAUGCACGUUGUACCCAUGGAGGAACAGAUGGUCAUGUCCAGUGAUUUGCAACAGCUCCCUGGCCUGCCAGGUAGCCUCAUGGAACGGCCAAAGACCCAGGCCGGUGCGAGACCUGGACCGUCUAGUUAUUGGUCAGUUUCGGAGCUGCAAGACUUUGACAAGAACGUUGCACAUUUUGGCACGGACUGGAUCGCAAUAGCAAAUCACAUGGGUACUAAGACGCACACCAUGAUCAAGAACCAGUACCUCCGUCUUGUUGAAAGCGGCAAACUGGACCUUGAACAAGUCGCGAAAGAAGCAGACGCACGAAGAGAGCGAGGAGAAGAUCUCGGGCCACCACCUACACCCACGCCAGCACCCAAGAGACGAUACGAGAGUACACAAGCAACACCGGUUCGCCCCAUUGCACCCACGCCUGAACAUGCCUCUCCGCCUCCAAACCCGCUGGUGGUACCCAAGACGUCUCCCCCGCAUACAAAUCCAAAUCCCCCUUCAAGGUUUCCUACCAUUGCUCAAGGGCCCAUGCAAAGCAAGCCAUUGGUACCGACUUCGGGGUUCCCUGCCCUACCAGAGACUAGUCUUGCGUCUGUACCUACAAUACCGCUACAGCAGUCACCACCCGCUCCACCCCAACGUGUCCAGCCGCAACAGCAGCCGCAACAGCAGCCGCAACAGCAACCGCAACCACCACCGCAACCGCAACCACAACCACAACCACAACAUCACCAUCAUCAGCACUCCAUGUCGCAACAAAAACCACAGCCGCAAGGACCUCGAGCAGGUUAUUUCUCAGAUGACCUGCCCGCGCGUUUUGAGAGCCGGCCGCCUUCGCAGCCAUCGGGCAACCAACAGUCGCAUCGGCCACUGCAACAACAUGCGACCCCCCAGCCGCGCGUCCAAGAGCAGCACCAAUCCCCUGUUUUCCGUGGACUUCAUUAUCAGGAGCGAGAGCCUGUGGCAAGAUCUGAGGCCCCACAAGAUCAAGAGAUACAACGCCGGAUCCAUGAGCAACACGCCCGUCGGAUAUCCCAAGAGGUGCAACAACACAGACCUUUUGCUCCUAGCGGCGCACCGCCAAUCAGGGCGCCAGUACGCUCAAACUCGGUCAUCAGGUCUCCAGAGCACCGUCCCAUGUCGUACUCGCACUCUCGGCAUCCGUCGCAAGUCCAGUCGCUCAAUCAGACAACUGCCGAAGUAUACUCGCCAGGAUCUAGCACCAACCACAUGGCGCAACAACAGCUACCACCUCGCUCGACAAUUCUCACGCCGCCCGUCAAAGAAGAGCCCAGACAUAUGACUCCCACAGCAAUUCCCCCUGUUCAAUCUCAACCAAUGCUACAUUCGCAAUUGCAGCACCCACAGCGCAGCCAGCCACCUAUGCACAACACCCCCCCGCCACCCGCCGUACCCAAGCCUGCUGCUGAGCCACGCAAGUCAAAUCUGAUGUCCCUGCUCAACGACACUGAUCCAGAAGAACCCAAACGGAAGAAGGCGAGCGAGCCAGGUCCACCAUCGCAUAGCUCUACGCCUCUGCAAUCCGCACCAGUCGCUCCACCUCCCCCGACAACACAGAGCUACUCGUCAUCGUCAAGACGCCCACUCUACGAAGACCCCAUCGCUGUGCAGCCUCCUUAUAGCCGCCCAUCGUAUGCUCAGCAGUCCUCGCUUCCCACCGCAGCACCAAACAGGCCGAUUGACCUUACGGAUGAUAAGCCACCGGCGGGUAGACCAAGCAUACGCGAAAGCUGGCAAUCCCGACAGCCAUACCAUCCCGGCAUGGCUCAGACUCCGCAGAUGACGUCCCUCCCAUCCUCGCAGUCUGGGCUGCCUCAACCACCGCCCGCCAAUGACAGGAUGUUCAAUCAUCGAUCUGUCUUUGCUCAGCAUAACACGCAGCGUCAAAAUGCCACUCCGCCUCCUCUUGCCGGGUACACCAAUUCGCCAAAUCCACAUUCACGCACGUCGAGCAUCAGUGGACCGCCGGGGCCAAUGCCCCGACAUUCCAUGGCAGGCACAAGCGCAGCUCAGCAUGCACAAGCAAUGAACGCAUCUGCCCAAUCUGCACAAAUCCUGCAGCCCAAUCCGUAUGCUCAGGUAGAUCCACCAGGCAAUGGCGUGCCACCAUCUGGCCCCAUGGGUAUGCGUCCUAGCCCGCGUUUGCAAGCAAGCCAUGUGCAACAGCGAGAGCCGGCCGGACGCAAUGAUCAUUCGCAGGCUUCGAAUGCAAACAUGUCUUACUCCAAUCCUCAAACACCCAACGAGCAUCAUGGCCAGCAUCCUUUCCAAACUAUGAACAGACUCACAGAACCCUACCGUCCCCGCGACCCUCGUGAUGCGCACGACUUGGAUCCUCGACAAAUGUCAGAUCGUGACACCAGUCGCGAGCUAUCUCAAAGAGCCGACUAUCUGCGUGAACAACUUUCCAGCUCUGCGUUGCGUUCGACUGGCCCACCGAUUCACGAAGACAUACGUUACCAGUCUCAAGAUCGAGGCUACCUGGCUCAGAGGUCUCAAACCCAGACACCACUUUCAAGGACCGAGCAUAGUCAGCCUCCGCCUCUGCAACAUCCUCCCCACUCGUCACUCGGAGUGGCAAACCACUCAUUGUAUGCUCAACGCCCUCCUCCUGAUGAGCCGCCGCGUCACUUUAUGCGCAACCCACGGGAUCGCAGUAUGACGGAACGUCUGCGGGAGGAGCAGGCGCAGGCGCAAGCCCAGGCACAGGCACAGGCACAGGCACAACAAAAAUAG